AACCAAGAAUCAUCAGAAGCAGUGCGGCCGCAGCAAUCCCGUAAUUUUUGCCAGAUUUGCAGCAAGUUAACACCCUUCCAGCGCCCAAAAUGUCCACGGCAAACGUUGCGGCGUAUCUGGCCGAGCAGAAGAAGACCACCGACCGGGAGUUGGCCACCGAGUGGACCCAAAUCGAGGAGCUGUACAAUGAAAAGUUGUGGAACGAACUGACCAUCAAGCUGAACACCUUCGUCAAGCAUCCGGCCCUGCAGAGCGAGGAAGCGCUGCUGGCGUUGUACAACAACUUUAUCGCCUCGUUCGAGACCAAGAUCAACCCGUACGGACUGGUCGAGAUCAUGACGGUGGUGGUGGGCCACAUCGCGGACAAAAAGGAAGCGGUGGCCUUCCUGGAGAAGCUCAAGGACAAGGUCUGCAAGGUGUGCGAGGAGGCGCUGUGGAUGUGCAAGGUCCUGCAGGGGCAGAUCUAUCUGGAGCACCUGAACGAGCUCGACGAGACGAAGAAGAUCAUCGAGGACAUGAAGGACAACCUGGAGGAGGCGGGCAAUGUGACGCCGGUGCACGGAAAGUAUUACAUGCUGGCGGCGAACUACUACCGCUUGGUCGGUCAGCACAGCGACUACUACCGCUGCGGUUUGCAGUUCCUGGGCUGCUCGAUGGACACCUACCCGAAGGACCAGUGGCCCCAGCAGGCAUUCUUCCUUGGGCUGGCCGCCCUCCUCGGGGAAGGCAUUUACAACAUCGGUGAACUGUUGGCCCACCCGAUUCUGGACUCGCUGACCGGCACCGAGAACGAGUGGCUGGUGGAGCUGCUGCGUGCGUUCAACUCCGGUGACAUCAACAAGUUCGAGCAGAUGAAGCCCAAGUGGAGCACGAUCGCCGAUCUGGCCGCCCAGGAGGUGAAACUGCGCCAGAAGAUUUCGCUGCUCUGCCUGAUGGAGAUGACGUUCAAGCGGCCCGCCAACAAGCGCACCAUCACGUUCGAGGAGAUCGCCAAGGAGGCCAAACUGCCCGUGAAGGAGGUCGAGAUACUGAUCAUGAAGGCGCUGGCGCAGGGACUGGUCAAGGGCGCCAUCGACGAGGUCGCCGGAGUGGUCAACAUGACGUGGGUGCAGCCGCGCGUGCUCGACCGGAAGCAGGUCGCCGCGAUGGCCACCACCCUCGACACCUGGAUGUCGUCGAUCACCUCGAUGGAGCAGCUCAUCGAGAGCCGGGCGAGCGAAAUCUUGACCAAUUGAAGUUUUUCUUUUCUCAUACGAUUAAAACAAACACAAAACCUUUCUUUUUGCAAGUAAAUUUAGCACUUAUAUUUAAUAAUGAAUAAAAAGCUGUCUUAUACAAAUA